ACAUGAUCACCCAAAUGUUUGCAUGACUGUAGCUCGCCCCAAGCAUGCAGGUGCAGGUGCGGUUGCAGGUGCAGAUGUUGUCCGAGGUACUUCUGCACAUGUAUCUGCGUCCGUCCGUCCGUCUGUCCGGUCAAGCGGCGACGACCACAUGUCGUCGCCGAUCCACCAUGAGCCACUCCACAGUCACUUCACGAAGAAUACCCGAAGCAUCCCCGGUGUGUCACAUAUCAGUACUACACAUGGUCGAAGAUAUUUGGGUGACGUGCAUCGCUGGCGGGCCUGUCUGCCUUGUAUAUAGGAAGUUUCGCCUCCCGCCGCCUCUGAAGAAGACCUACCACAUCAAAGGCGAUCACGCCUCAUAAGCCCGACCAGCAGCAAACAUUCCCAUGAUGGCAGACGCCGACGCUCACAAAACCAACGCUCUCCACACGGAGACAGUAUCCGUCGAGCGAUCCUCAUCCGGCAAAGACAAGGCCGCCGUCGUCCUCGAACAGGCCGGUCACGAUGUCAUCGUCACCGCCGCCGACAACAAGCGCAUCUUGCGGAAAAUCGACUGGGCCAUCCUACCCAUCAUCCUCUUCAUCUACUGCCUGCAAUCCCUCGACAAAUCCUCCCUCUCUUACGCCUCGGUCUUUGGGCUGAUAACCGACCUCAACCUCGUGGGUAGUCAGUUCUCCUGGGCCGGCGCCAUCGUCUAUGUCGCGCAACUGGUCUGGCAGCCGUUGAUCGCGUACAUCCUGGUGAAGUUCCCCAUAGGCAAAUUCAUGGCCGUCAUGGUAUUCUGCUGGGGUGCCACGUUAUGCGGGAUGGUCGCCGCGAGGGACUUCGGCGGCCUGAUGGUGGCGAGAUUCAUGCUGGGGACGUUCGAGGCUUCGGUGGCGCCGACGUUUGUGGCCAUUGUGCAGAUGUGGUACCGUCGCUCGGAGCAGACGAACCGGAACGCGGCGUGGUAUUCCAUGUUGGGCGUGGUCAACAUCCUCGGCAGCCUUCUCAGCUACGGUCUUGCUCACAUCCAAUCGAACGUCCUCCGACCAUGGCAGACCAUAUUCCUCUUCUGCGGCCUCUUGACCGUCUGUUUCUCCGUCCUGGUCUUCAUCUACCUCCCGGACUCACCCAUGAAAGCCCGCUUCCUCCAUGGCGACGACAAGCUCAUCGCCAUCGAACGGCUCCGCAUGAACCAGAUGGGCGUCUCCUCCGGCAUAUGGCGAUGGGACCAAGUCCGCGAAUGUCUCCUCGACGUCAAGACCUGGCUCUGGUUCUGCUUGAUCACCACCAUCGCCAUCCCCAGCGGGGGGAUUUCCACCUUCGGCCCACUGAUCCUGAAGUCCUACGUCGACGACAGCUUCAGCACGCUCUUGCUCAACAUGCCCUUUGGCGCUGUUCAGCUCAUCGCCACCCUCGCCGCGGCCUUUGCUGCCACCCGCUGGCGGGCCAAGACUCCGAUCCUCAUCAUCUUGUGUAUCCCACCGAUCAUCGGCUUGGCCAUCUUGCUGGCCAUCGAACAUACCCCGGCGAAUCGGGGGCCGCUGCUCUUUGGAUACUACAUCAUUUCCAUCUAUCCCGCCAUCAGUCCCAUCAUCUACAGUCUGGCGGCACAGAAUACCGCGGGACACACCAAGCGAUCCCUGACGAACGGUGAGAUAUCGAUUUUCCCCAUCCCCGCAAAACGACCAGAUCAGUCCUUUGGAAAGACAGACACAUUUAUCUGACCAUUGACUCCAGGCAUGGUCUUCAUCGGCCAGUCCGUCGGGAAUAUCAUCGGUCCAAACCUCUACACCCCCUCCGAAGCGCCUUCCUACGCCCGCGGCCUCCGCAGCAACCUCGCGCUCUUCGUCGUCCUGAUC